UUGUCAAUUCAAAAACUAACACAAACCUUCUCGAUAUAAUCCCAUCAACCAACCCAUUGAUCCCCAAAAACAGUCUAAAAGCACCAACUUAGCUGCAACAAAUCAAACACCACAACCUUCAUUUUCUCUCCAAACUUUCAAAUGAGCAACCCAAUUCCGCUCCUUCUUUGCCUCCUCACGGCGGCGUUCACGGCGGUCCGGGAAGCCGAAAGCUUUGUACCGUACACCGGAGCGCCGUGGGGCACGGUGGUGCCGUCCGACGACCCAUUUAGAAUCCUUGAACAGAUGACUCUAACAAUCCCAAGGGGAAUGGAAACAGUGGCAUUGGCACAAGUGGACUGGAAAGAGACCUCGUUUGAGCACAAGAUUUUGAUAGACAUUCCAGGGAUGAAGAAGGAGGAUGUGAAGGUGGAGGUGGAGGAGAACAGAGUAUUGAGGAUCAGCGGCGAGCGGCGGGCGGCGGCGGCGGUCGAGGAGGGGGAGAGGUGGCACAGGGCAGAGAGGGUAAAUGGGAAAUUUUGGAGGCAAUUUAGGAUGCCUGGAAAUGCAAAUUUGGAUGGGAUUAAGGCAAAUCUUGAAGAUGGGGUACUCAAAAUCAGAGUGCCUAAAUUAGUGGAAGAGAAAAGGAGGCAGCCUAAGAUCAUUAGUGUUUUGGGGGAGAGACCUUCUGAUGGAGAAACUGAUCUCAAAGUGUCUAAAGAUGAGAUGUGAGAGUCUGAGAGAGACACCAAAAAUGGUUAAAUAUUAUAUGUUGUGUUGAAUCUAAUGUAUAAAUGAACUGAAUUAACUGAAUUUUAUGUUGUGAUGAUGUGAGAAUUGUAAUCAAUCAAGUAUUGGAGUAAAACUCUUGUUUAGUUUUGAGUUUUAAAAUGCUAUUUACCUUGAAUGUUCUUGAGUGGAGGGAUGUACUAGAAACUUACUAGGCCUAAGUUCUACUUUGUUUGGGUG